AUGGUCAUUGACUGUAUACUAUGUACAGCUUGUUAUAUUCGUGUAUUAGAUAACAUCACGGCCGCGGUAGAAGCAGCAAGCAGCGUCGUGGGAGACCAAGUCCAGUCGGUUCAGUUGCUCGUCACUAUUUUGCAAGAACAAAAACAAAAUAAAACGGAUGAGCUUGACCAAGUGGAGAGCCAACUAGCAGCAACAACAGACCCUCCAACAACCACCGAAUUUCAUACAACAGAAGCUAAGCUGUCCACCAAUGAAAAAGUAACUACACUGCCACCUAAUUCCACUAAACAACCAACGACUACAAUGCAGCUAACACCACAGAAAACUACUGAGGAACCAACAACCGGAGUUAUAUCAACUACUGAGUUACCAAAAACCACUGAGCAAACAAUCAUAGCAUCAACAAUUACCACUGACUCACAAACGACAGAAAAUCAACGAACCACACGGUCACCAAAAACCACUGAGCAACUAACAACCAAAUUCUUGCUAACAACCACGGUGUCAACGACAAAAGUAGAACCAACCACACGGCCACAAGUAACCACCGCGCAAUCAAUCACCACGAUGCUACAAACAACUACUGUGUCACCAACGGCCUCUCAGCAACCAACAUCCACUGAUGAACCAACAACCACAGUUUUACAAACAACCAAAUGUUCAAACAGAACACACAAGUGCACAACCACCCUGACCAACCAAACGACCAAUGUGAACCAAAAAACCACAUUUGCCCACAAAGAACCUGAAACUGUGCAUACCAACGGGACCACCGAAACCAACCACCAACCACAAUGCCUCCAACAAAGGGAACCCACCAAAACUGUUACCCCCUUCCCCCAACAACGAACGCCACAACUGGCCCCCAAACAAAGACCCCCGACAACUGUGCCCCCAAACAACUUCCAAAAAGAACCAAAAGCCAAAAAACCCACCGUGCCAAACACAACCCACAAAUGCCACCCCAAGCCUCCAAAAACAAAAACCCGACAACUUCCCUGCCAAACAACAGAACCGCCGACAACUGUGCCACCCACAGAACCGCCCAACUGUGCACCAACCACCACAGCGCCUCCAAACAACAGAACCCCCGACAAACCUGCCCCAACAACAGAACCGCCAAACAACUGUGCCACCAACCACCACAGUCCCUCCAACAAACAAGAACAGCCGACAACUGUCCCCACCAACCACCACAGUGCCCCCCAACAAACAGAACCGCCGACAACUGUGCCACCAACCACCACAGGCCUCCAACAAACAGAACAGCCGAAACUGUGCCACCAACCACCAAAAGCCUCCAACAACAGACAGCCGACAAACUGUGCCACCAACGACAAAACCCGCCGACAACUAACCGCCGACAACUGUCCCCCAACCACCACAGCGCCUCCAACAACAAAAACCGCCGACAACCGUGCCACCAACCACCACAGUGCCACCAACAACAAACCGCCGAAAAACUGUGCACAACAACAGAACGCGACAAUGUGCCACCAACAACCAGAACCACCGACAAAUGUGCCAUCAACAACAAACCGCGACAACUGUGCCACCAACAAAGGAACAGCCGAAAAAACUGUGUCACCAACCACCACAGUGCCUCCAACAACAGAAACCGCCGACAACUAUGCCACCAACCACACAUGCACCAACAACAAACCGCCGACAACUGUCCCCACACCCACAGUCCCAAUAACAACAGAACCGCCGGACAACUGUGCCACCAACCCCCCACAGUGCCACCAACAAACAGAACCGCCAGAAAAACUGUGUCACCAACAACAAAACCCGCCGCAACUGUGCCACCAAACCACAAGUGCUCAACAACAGAACAGCCGACAACUGUGCCACCAACCACACAGUGCCACUAACAACAGAAUCGCCAUAAAACUGUGCCCCCAAAACCACCACAGUGCCUCCAACAACAGAACAGGCCCGAAAAACUGUGCCACCAACCACCACAGUCCCCCAAACAAUAGAACACCCAAACAACUGUGCCACCAACCACCACAGUGCCUCCAACAAAAGAACAGCGACAAACUUUUGCCACCAACCACCACAGGCCACCCAACAACAGAACACCCGACAACUGUGCCACCAACCACCACAGGGCCUCCAACAACAGAACACCCGAAACUGUGCCACCAACCACCACAGUGCCACAACAACAGAAACAGCGACAACAACCGCCGACAACGUGUCACCAACCACAAGUGCCUCCAACAAGAACAGCCAAACAAACUGUGCACCAACCACCACAGUCCUCCAAAACAGAACAGCCGAAACUGUGCCUCCAACAACAGAACACCCGACAACUGGGGCCUCAACAACAGAACAGCCGACAACUUGCCAAAACAAACAGAAACCGCCAAACAACUGUGCCUCCACAACAAAAACAGCCGACAUCUGUGCCACCAAACCACCACAGUGCCCCCCAACAACAGAAACCGCCGAAAAACUGUGCCACCAACUACCACAGUGCCUCCAAAUCAGACCCGCCGACAAACAGAACCGCCGACAACUGUGCCACCAACUAACACAGAGGCCUUUAACAACAGAAUCACUGGCCACCAACAACGGGAAUCACCAUCAAUUGUGAAAUCAACCACCACGGUCCCACCAAAACAGAAUCGCGAUGUGCAACCAACAGCACAGUGCCCAACAGAACGCAUAACUAACUGCACAAAGAAAAGCACAGUUACUUCAAGAAAUGGGAAAAACCGGGGAACCAGAUUUCUGCCUCCAAAGCCACUUCACAGCUCUUCAAAAGACCAAUCAAGCCCUGCAAAAGAGUCAUUGAAAGCCAUCGAGCAAAACCAUGGCAAUUCCGGAAGGAAGCGGCGAUCCCUUACUUACUCUAUCGAUCAAGAUGGCGACACUGCACAGGGCGAUCCAUAUUGUGAGUAUGCACGUUCAUGUACAUUGAAGAGGAAAAGUCCACAUUCAAGUUUUAUGUGUUACUUCAUGUCGCCCAUAGAUGGCGCAGUAUUUAUUGCAUCUAAAGUAAAAGACAGUUGCUUCCCGCUGGUGCGUUGCGACACCAAAGUAGUUCACUUCUUGCCCUUUCAGGAGGGUUAUAAGAAGGAAAAUGGGAAGGUUAACGUUGGGUUUAUCGCGUAUAUGUCAGAGGUUUAA